AGAAGAGGACGAAGAAGAAGAGAGAGAAGCCGCAGCUUCAAAUCCAACGUGUGGUCUCUGUGCAUGGAAUUCAUUCACAUUUCACUCAACCCUUUUUCCCAAAUUCUGAAAUUACUCCAAAUUUUCGUCUAUAAAAGAACUUCCCCAAUUUCUUUUUACCAAUACCCAGAAAUCAAUCAAUCGAUAAUAAUGGAGAUUGGAGCUGUGAAUCCUGAAAUGGACACAGCUUCAACUAUCACCAUUAAAGGAAUUCUCAGCCUCCUUGUUCAGAAUGUCGAUGAGAACAAUGGCAGAAGGUUGAUUUCACUCGGCAUGGGUGACCCUUCUGCUUAUUCUUGUUUUCAUACUACCCGCAUCGCUCAAGACGCCGUUGUUGAUUCUCUUGAAUCUGAGAAGUUCAAUGGCUAUGCUCCCACUGCUGGUCUCCCCCAAACUAGAAGAUCGAUUGCUGAAUAUUUAUCUCGAGAUCUUCCAUAUAAGUUGACAUCUGAUGACGUUUUUAUUACGUCUGGAUGCACACAAGCGAUUGACGUUGCUUUGGCGAUGCUUGCUCGCCCUGGUGCAAAUAUACUGCUUCCAAGGCCUGGUUUCCCAAUCUAUGAACUUUGUUCUGCAUUUCGGAAUCUUGAAGUGCGGCACUUUAAUCUGCUUCCUGAACAAGGCUGGGAGGUCGAUCUUGAUGCCAUUGAAACCCUUGCAGAUAAGAACACUGUUGCCUUGGUUAUUAUCAAUCCAGGGAAUCCAUGUGGAAAUGUGUACAGCUAUCAGCAUCUGAAGAAGAUUGCAGAAACUGCAGAAAAGCUUGGAAUCCUUGUAAUUGCUGAUGAGGUUUACGGGCAUCUUGCUUUUGGAAGUCGACCUUUUGUGCCGAUGGGAGUCUUUGGAUCAACUGUUCCUGUUCUCACCCUUGGAUCUCUUUCAAAGAGAUGGAUAGUACCAGGAUGGCGACUUGGUUGGUUUGUGACUAGCGAUCCUUCUGGCACAUUCAGAAAACCCAAGGUUAACGAGCGAAUCAAGAAGUAUUUUGAUAUAUUAGGUGGCCCUGCAACAUUCAUCCAGGCUGCAGUACCUCACAUCCUUGAGUCAACCGAUGAGGUUUUCUUCAAGAAAACAAUUAAUAUUCUGAAGCAAAACUCCGAAAUAUGUUGCAGAAAGAUCAAGGAAAUCCCUUGCAUUACAUGCACACACAGACCAGAAGGGUCAAUGGCUAUGAUGGUAAGAUUGAACAUUGAUCUUCUUGAAGAUAUCAGUGAUGAUAUUGAUUUUUGCUUCAAGCUUGCCAAAGAGGAAUCACUCAUCAUUCUUCCAGGAACGGCUGUAGGGCUGAAGAACUGGCUCCGGGUUACUUUUGCAGUUGAUCCGUCCUUUCUCGAAGAAGCACUUGGGAGGCUUAAAUCUUUUUGUCAAAGGCAUACACUUAUGAUGUAAAGAAGUUGAGCAGCCAGUGAUGCAAAUGAAACAAUAGGUGGAGUUUCAUAAAUUAACAGAUAGUGAAUGAUUGUUGUAAGAGAAACUUCUUUUUACAAAUAAAUGGAAAUCCCAGCAACUCCUUCCAUGUACUGAUGUAGCAAUAAGUUCAAAGGAAUUCAUUGCUUUCUGAAAUGAUUGUAGGACAUGAGAAAUAUAUGGUCACGGUAUCAGUUAGAGUACUGCCAAAUGUACAAAAUUAUUGAAGUAGGGAAAGAACAGUGAGAUUGAGUACCAUGGAGAUGGAGAUGUGCCCCCCAACCCACUCACCAAAAUAAUCUUUUUUCCCCAUUUUGGUAUUGUACUUCUGAAACAAUUUUGGUUAAGUUGAGAGUGUUCAGACCAAAAUAAAUUAAAGUUAAAUG